UCUCCUUUCAUCAUCGGCCACCCACCACUACAAACUUAUAGCUCCAUUCCUACUAUACUUGCAAACUUUUCCCUUCUCUCUCCUCUCUGCCUAGAGAGUAGCAUAGCAUAUUGAGAGAAACUUCUUUUUUCUCUAUUUCGUUUCUGCCUCCUCCAAACCAUAACUUAGCUGUUAUCAUAAGAGGAUCAAUAAACCCCCCACCAUAAGAGAAAUCAAACCCAAAAGUAAAUCAACCAGAGUCAUGGUUAGUAUUAUUAGUACCAACAAUCAAUGUAACCCCUCACAUAUUUCACACGGGGGUGGAGGAGGUGCAAUUGGGGUGAGAGGCCUCGAUGAAGAUGAUGAUGAUGAUGUUGGAAAGAAUGAAGAAGAAAACAAGUGGCCACCAUGGCUUGGGCCACUUCUCCAAACAAGCUUCUUUGUUCAAUGCAAAGUCCAUGCAGAUUCCCACAAAAGUGAAUGCAACAUGUAUUGCUUGGACUGUAUGAAUGGAGCCCUUUGCUCUACCUGUCUUGCUUCUCACAGAGAACACAGAGCUAUUCAGAUAAGGAGAUCUUCAUACCAUGAUGUAAUAAGAGUGUCGGAGAUACAGAAAUUUCUGGACAUAACAGGGGUCCAAACUUACAUUAUAAACAGUGCCAAGAUUGUGUUCUUGAAUGAAAGGCCUCAACCUAGGCCUGGCAAAGGAGUUACCAACACCUGCCAAGUCUGUGAGCGCAGCCUUCUCGAUUCAUUCAGCUUCUGUUCCCUUGGUUGUAAGAUAGUAGGAACCUCCAAGAAGUUCCGGAAGAAGAAAAUGUUAGCUGAGACAGAUGGGUCCGAUGGUGAAGAAUCAAUAAAUGGCAUUAGCAAUGAAAGUGGAAGAAACAAAAUCCAUAGCUUCACGCCGUCAACACCACCACCAACAGUGGUAAAUUACAGGACUGCUAAGAGGAGAAAGGGAGUCCCACAUAGAGCUCCAAUGGGUGGUGCCCUUAUUAUAAAUACAACUAAUUAAUACUAAUGUUACAUAAUUAAGUAUUGGUAGGUUUAUGGGUUAAGGUGACUUAACAAACAAUAAUUACACCGUGAAAGAUACAACAGUUGUUGCCAGUGCCACUUCCCUAAGUGGCAAUAUGGCAUCAUUGGACAAUAUAUGCCUUGUAAAAGUUACAAUACCAGAGCCACUGUUCAUUGAGGCCGGUGUUGGGAACUGCUUCACUAUCUUGUAUGUUGUAUAGUACAAAAUAUAGGAGGAAAAUCCCCCCCACCCCCAAAAUAAUCAUAAAGGAAAAAGUAUAGGUUAAAAAUUGAAAUAACUAUAGAAUAUAGAAGGGGGGGUAAUUUACGCUGGUGUAACUCAUAUCAUAUGUGUUGGUAUCAGAUGCGCAAUGUACAAAGUGGCUUGUAGAAAGUUGUUGUAUUUUACACAAUAAAAGUCUUUAUCGUGAUUAUUAAAAUAUUCCACUUGGUUGAAUUGUUGUAUA